AUGUGUUCCUCCAAAUCAAAGAACAUGAACCAAGAUGCCAUUUCUCAAAUCAACGGCCGACCGGUUCUUCAACCGAAAUCAAACCAAGUUCCCACACUAGACCGACGUAACUCACUCAAGAAAACUCCUCCUAAUCCUUUGAUCCAUCCCAUUCCAUUAAGGAUACUCUCACCAAAAUCAGUCUCUCUAGCCUCUCCUCCUUUGUCUCCUAAACCAAGAUCCUUAAGAAAACCCGCCGGUUCUGAGAAGCCUAAGCCGGUGACUAAACCCGUGAAAUUAUCAGAAAGCAGUGAUGGUGGCUACAGAGAGUUAACGUCCAUGUUGAUUGUUCAGAAGCAGCCUGGAAGUAUAGCGGCUGCAAGAAGAAAAGAGGUUGCAACUAAACAAGAAGAGAGAAAGAAGAAAAUAUCUCAUUAUGGUAGAGUCAAUUCCGUGAAAUCGAACGAUAAGAACUUAAAUGUUGAGCAUGAGAAGAAGAAGAGAUGCAGUUUCAUCACUACAAGUUCAGAUCCAAUAUAUGUCGCUUACCAUGACAAAGAAUGGGGAGUUCCUGUUCAUGACGACAAGCUACUAUUUGAGCUUCUGGUGUUAACCGGAGCUCAAGUCGGAUCCGAUUGGACCUCGGUUUUGAAGAGAAGAAACAUUUUUAGAGAGGCUUUCUCUGAUUUCGAAGCAGAGUUGGUGGCAGACUUCAAUGAGAAGAAGAUACAGUCAAUAGUAAACGAUUAUGGUAUUGACCGUAGCCAAGUUCUUGCAAUUGUUGACAACUCUAAACAAAUUCUCAAGGUGAAAAGGGAUAUCGGGUCACUCAACAAAUACAUUUGGGGGUUCAUGAAACACAAACCGGUUACCUCAAAAUACACAUCUUGCCAAAAGAUUCCGGUUAAGACAUCAAAAUCAGAAACCAUAAGCAAAGACAUGGUUCGUCGUGGGUUUAGAUUCGUUGGUCCAACCGUUAUACAUUCGUUAAUGCAAGCCGCCGGUUUAACCAAUGACCACUUGAUCACUUGUCCAAGACAUCUCGAAUGUAUGGCCAUGGAGGCUCUAUAG